AUGUCAUUUCCAAACCUUUAUACACACCGCAAGGUGGCCGAGACAAAGGCAAAGUCAUGCGACAUCUGCUACCGGCUCAGCACCAGCGUCCUCAUCACCGCAGACAACAAGGAUUUCUUUUACAUCUGCCCAAGCCAUCUUAAGGAGCCGUCGUUCUGCACCCCAAAAAUUGACACCGAAGCUAUUGAGGCCCGGAAGAAGAAGGAGCUAGAAGAAGAGAUUGAGAGAGUGAAGAAGGAGUACGAGGAGAAAAAGAAGAAGAAGGAAGAGGAGAAGGGGAAGGAAGCGGACAAGGAGAAGGAAAAGGAUAAGAAAGACGAUGACAAGAGCAAAGAUAAAGAUGAGAAGAAGGAUGAGAAAGACCAGGAAAAUUCCAAGGCCUCUAGGAGCACAAGUAGAGAAGGGACCAAAUCGCCCCCCGUGGAAGAAGAGCCAAGGAUAUUUGAACUCAAGCCUACAUUCUACCAACAACGCCUGUGGAAGAAGAGGCAGGCUGAAAUUGCAAAGCGCAACCGUGAAAGACUGCAAGAUCCAACCUUCUUUCCCUCGGUUCCCAAGAAUCUUCCAUGAUUGCGUCGUCUCACGCUACCAGAUAUACUUUAGACGGACAGACAUCCUUUGUUGAUACCCUUUAGCCUUUGUCAUUGAAUUACUCUCUAGUUGAAGCGUCAAUAAAGCUGCAUAAACACC